AAGAUGGCUACGUAUUCUAAGUCAACUGUGGCUAGUGGCUCUGAUUCAUUUAUUGACUUUUGUUGUUUCCCCUGUUUAGAGCACAAAAUUGACCAGUGGGCUGACUUUUACUGCGAAAACUGUCAGAAAUGUUAUUGUGCAAAAUGUAUUAAUCUGCAUAGUCAGUUGUUUGGGACACAUGUGACAUACGGAAGGGGAGACACAAGUAAGUGGCCAGUGUGCAAGGAAGUGGAGGAUUUCCUUCAGAAGUGUGACCUUCAUGACGACAAACAUCUAGAAAUGUUUUGUGAGGACCACAGUCAGCUGUGCUGCACUAAUUGUGCUUUCCUCAAUCACAGACAAUGUGCUAAAGUAACACUGAUAUCCAAGUCAGUAAAAGGAUCUCCACCAAACUUGCAGCAACUAUCAAGAAAAAUCCAAAGCAUUCUUGAAGAAAUCAAGAAACUUCAGAAUUAUUGGGAUACCAACAUGCAGUCUUUGCAGGCUUCAUACGACAAACAAUUAUAUGUAAUACAUGACACACGCAAAAAAAUAAAUAGUAUUCUAGACAACAUUGAAAAAAACACCAUGAAAGAGCUAGAUGAUAAGUUGGCCAGUCUGAAAGAAUCUGUCAAGACUGAUGCAGACAAUUGCAGCAAACUCAAAAAUGAACUCAAGCAACUCAAUGACGCAAUACACGACAUUGUUGAUAAGGGCAAAGCAGAACUCACAUUUAUUGCAAGUAAGAAAUGUAUGGGAAAGAUUAAGCAGUCUGAAACAUAUCUGAAGCAGAACUCGUUUCAGGUUGAAAGUUCACUGACAUUCCAGGCAGACAGGGAUUUUCAACAGUACUUGUCUAAAUUGUCAAGUCUGGGGAAGAUUGUACUCAGUACCAAGAAAACAUUAGUGUUAGUUGAUCCAGACCAGGCACUCACAGUACAAGGGAAGUCAAAGUAUAAUGUGCGCCUACAGAGUGAUUCAGAUAACUGCUAUAUCGAUGCCAUUUGUGUUCUCUCUGAGGAUGAGAUCCUUGUUGCAGAUUAUUAUAAUAAACGAGUUAAGCUACUCAAUCAUCAAUACCAGGUGGUGGGUCAUUAUUAUGAUUUAAAUAGUUUUCCACUGGACAUGUGUAAAAUCACACCAAGUGAAGUAGCUGUUACUGUGGAUGACACUAGGACAUGUCAUGAGGUCCAGUUUGUCUCUGUGAAUGGUGGGCAGCUGGUUAAGGGCAGGAUGUUUCAGUUUCAACAUGGAUGUAUUGGUAUUGCUCAUAUUAUGCAAGACCUGUAUCUCACUUCUGGCACUGCACUUUACAAGUAUUCAAUGAAAGGAGCCCUGUUGACUAAGUUGUAUGAAGAUACAUCACACCAGCUUGCAGUAUUUAAGUGUGCAGUGAGUCCUUCAGGUGACAAGAUAUUUAUCACAAACAAUACCCAUCACAAGGUCCUCACCCUGGCCAGAGAUGGCACAGUUCUCCAAACCUUCACAGACCCAGACCUACAAAACCCAGCAGGUAUCCAUGUGACUGCUCUGGGACAGGUGCUGGUCUGUGGAGCGUCAUCCAGCACUAUCAUUCAGCUGGAUGGGGAAGGCAAGAAGAAGCUGGCAACUCUUGCUACCAGGAGGGAUGGACUUAAUCAACCAAACUCAGUCUUCUACAAUAGGAGCACAGCAUCCAUCAUUGUGGGACAAUGGUCUAGGGAUAACAUCCUUGUGUUAAGAGUAAAAUAGGUGUUUUUCCACAAGUUUCAGUACAAACAUUUUGGAACAUGUACUUAACAUGAAUUCUUGGCCACACCAAACUUGUAAUCAGUAUUACGAUUCAUCACAUAAUUCACAUGGAUGAUUUAAUAUUGUCGUGCCUACUAAUGUCAAAUCAUGAAUAUGUUUGAAAAGGUACAUUUAUAAUUAACUUUGAGAGCAUGGAUCUAUUAUUUAGUGUUUUGUUUCAAUGCAUAAUUCUUGCGGGAUUAUAUAUUGUGUUUGCAAUACAAUUUAAUAUGCGCUACCAUCUAUUGCUGAUAAUUAUUUUUCCUUUUCAAUCGCAUAUAAUCAGUGUAUUGUUGUUUCCUUGAUAUAUAUCUUAGAAAUGAAUAACAUGUACAUACAUGAUUUUUUUUUUGUGGUUAUGUUCUAUAAUAUUUUUGUGUAAUUGUUAUGCACAGUCAAAAGAACGGCAGAGUGCAAUUAAGGAGGGAAGGUUUUACAUUUUCAUUGUAUUAUUGAACAGUCACCAUGUGUUUUGUCCUUAAAAAUAUAAAGUUAUUUAGAUUGACAAUUAUGUAUUGUACAGACUUCUUAAAUUGUUGUUUUUAGAUUUUACUUUUGUUGAUUACAGUUAUAUAUGUAUUUACUUAUGUCAUUCAUGCUAUCUGCCUUUACUGUUCACUAUGUUUUGCUGAAUAAAUUAACUUUUAAUUACCGUAAAUUUGCGGCCAUAAGUCGACCAAAAAACGCUCCCAAAAUUUACUUUAAAAGUCAACUUGACUUAUGGAUGAGGUACUAAAUAAAAAUAAAAAAUAAACAUAUUUCUGUGCCGUUUUUUUUUAAAGUAAUAAAUCUCCGAAGCGGAGGAAUGAUGACUGUUUACGGUAAGGCCGACUCGUCUUUUAAAUGUCCGCCGAUAACAAAAUACUUUACAUUGGUUUUUAAUUCAUUAAUCUUCGUAAUAAGUCCAAAUAAAAACAUGUGAAAAUAACUUCGAAAAUAUUUAACAUUAGUGACAUACGGUAAAGUGGCGAAAAUAAUACAUAGCAAUUUGUCUAUCGAUACAUCGUCCGUUGUCUCCUAAGAACAAUAGAAAAUCCACUGCUGACACUUGAACCCAUUUAAAGUUAAUCCGUUUAAAUACAAACUGUCAACAGGUGCAGGUGUCUUUAUGCCACCAAAAUAUCUCUUCUCGGCCUUUUGACUAAGAUCAAAGUGUAAAGUGUAGUGUUGGCAUCCUUUUGAUCAUUUGUCUUUAUUGCAUCACGCCUGAAAUAGUUAUCCGUUAAUGAUAUGCACAACGGUUCUGCUACAAACUACUUCUGACCAAUCAAAAAUAAUUACUCGAUCGUUGGAUACGCAAUUAACCAAUCGCUAUUGUUCAACUUCACCUGGUAUAUUUUUUUAUUUGAUGAAGGUGUGGUUUCGUUGAUUUAUUCACAACUGUCCCACAAUUUAUGCAUUAUCGUUUCGUAAAUAAAUAGAUCUUAUCUGAGUGAAGAUUUCAUUCAUUGUUUGAUUAUAAUAAUAUUACGCACUCACCCUGGAUUAUUAAAAAGUGUAAUUGGACUUAUUAAAUACACAAUUACUUUCGAUUAUCUGCUAAGUUAUAAUUAAUAAGAUAAGAUGUUUUUCCAGAAUGCAGAAAAUAUUCCUCGGGUAUCUCAUGAUUUACGAAUAUAUAUUAUCAGUCGAAUAGCGAGCAAUGCGAGUGUAAGUAAAUUCACGUGUUUCACGCAUAAUGGCAAAAGCGUUGUUGAUUAUUUGAGAGCAAGUUACAAUAAUUUUGACCAUUGAAUGAAUUUCUGCGUUCAAGAUUUUACAGAAUUUUCACAUCAAUAGCACUAACAUUUGAAUACAAAAAUAUCUACUCAUAAUAGCAACGCUAAAACUUAUUACGUUAAACGGGAUAAUAAUUUUGAUUUGUGAAAUAUAUAUUAAGUUUAAAAUAAUGAAUGAUAUGUUAUUAUGAUUUUGAACAAUAAAAUAUAUUUUUCGUGAUAAUAAAUAAUUGAAAUGUUGAAUGUUUCGUUUUAAAUAUAUUCUUAUUAUUAAUAUCCCAAAAAAUGUCAAUUGCCGGUACAAAAGCCCUCAGAACCAUGACUAAAAUGUCACUUAAACAUGUCCGAGAUAUUGAGGAAAUUUACCGCCCGACUUAUGGCAGAGUCAAGGCAAAAAAACAAGUUUUUCUAGCCACAUUAUACCCCUCGACUUAUGGCCGAGGUAGACUUAUGGCCGCGAAUGUACGGUAUGUUCACAUUCCCCUUUGUCCUUUGCAUUUUCUUCCAAUCAAAUAUACAAAUAUUUGAA